UCACGUGAACGUCACCGUCAGUGUCACAAAGACGUGUACUAUGUUCAACUGUGCUGGUUAACCUCUUAAGUGGAAUAAAAUAGUGAAAUACUUAAAAUAUCCUGUGUUUAUUAUUUGUAGUAUAAUUAUUAUAACUUGGACAAUAUGCCUACGAUAUCCGUUAAACGUGAUUCGCUAUUCGCGGCACUGGGAAAGACUUACACUGACGAUGAGUUCCAAGACCUGUGUUUUGAGUUUGGAUUAGAACUUGACGAAGUCACAACUGAGAAGCAGAUGUUAAUGAAAGAGCAAGGUGACCAGGCAGGGGCCGGUGUGUCAGAAGAAAUCCUCUAUCGUAUAGACAUCCCUGCCAACAGAUAUGAUCUUCUGUGUCUCGAGGGACUGGUCAAUGGUUUACUGGUGUUCCAAAAAAAAAAAGAACCACCUCAAUAUCACGUAACGAAGUACGAGGAUUGCCACUCAUUGCACCUGACGCCGAGCACCGCUCAGAUCCGGCCUUACGCCGUCGCCGCCGUGCUCAAGGACAUUCACUUCACCAAGGAGUCCUAUGAUAGCUUCAUUGACUUGCAGGACAAAUUGCACCAGAACAUCUGCCGCAAGCGGACACUGGUGGCCAUCGGCACUCAUGACCUGGACACAAUACAGGGGCCCUUCGUGUACGACGCGCUGCCUCCUGCUGACAUCAAGUUCAGGGCUCUCAACCAACAGAAGGAGAUGACAGCGACUGAGCUUAUGGAGUUGUAUUCCAGCCACGCGCAGCUGAAGCAGUACCUGGGCAUCAUCCGCGACAGCCCCGUGUACCCGGUCAUCAAGGACAAGCACGGCGUGGUGCUGUCCAUGCCGCCCAUCAUCAACGGCGACCACUCCAAGAUUACGCUCAAUACGAAGAAUGUCUUCAUCGAGUGCACUGCCACGGACUUGACCAAGGCUAAAGUGGUCCUCGACACCAUAGUGUGUAUGUUCGCCCCGUACUGCAAGAACGAGGUGCAGCAGUGCAAGGUGUACGCACCCGACGGGACCUACGAGCUCUACCCGAAGAUGGAGACCAGAGAAGAAACCAUUAGCGUAGAUAAGGCUAAUAACUACAUUGGUAUCAGUGAAAGUGGCGACAAGCUAGCGGCACUUCUAUCGUGCAUGUGCUUGAAAACGAAGCACGAGCCCGAGCGAGGGCUUCUGCGCGUCAGCGUGCCUCCCUCCCGCCACGAUGUUAUCCACGCGUGUGACUUGUACGAGGACAUCGCCAUCGCCUACGGGUACAACAACAUCCCGAGACGGGCGCUGAACGUGAGCACGGCGGGCGGCCAGAGCGGCCUCAACAAGCUGGCCGAGCAGCUGCGCCAGGAGUGCGCGCACGCCGGCUACACCGAGGCGCUCACCUUCACCCUGUGUUCCCGCGAAGACAUCUCUACGAAACUCGGCAUCCCCAUCGAACAGGUUCCAGCCGUCCACAUCUCCAACCCCAAAACCCUGGAGUUCCAGGUAGUCCGCACCCAACUCCUGCCCGGUCUGCUGAAGACCCUCGCCGCCAACAAGAAAAUGCCUCUCCCGCUCAAGCUGUUCGAGAUCAGCGACGUUGUGUUACAAGAUGCGGAUGCUGAAACGGGUGCCCGUAACGAACGAAGACUGUGCGCGGUGCACUGCGGCAAGAGCGCUGGCUUCCAGUUCGUGCACGGCCUGCUGGACCGCGCCAUGCUGCUGCUGCGCGUGCCGCACGGCCGGGGCUACUGGCUGCGGCCCACGGAAGACCCCGCGUACUUCCCCGGGCGCUGCGCCGAAGUAGUGCUGCACUCCGCUGUGGUCGGCCGCGUCGGCGUGCUGCACCCCGCCGUGCUGGCCGCCUUCGACCUCUCCAACCCCUGCUCGGCAAUAGAAAUUAAUCUCGAGCCUUUCCUCUAAGGUGCCUUCCAUGGCUGGCAACCGAGUUCCCGGCGAUCCGAAGUCGCCCUGAACUUUGUAGAAAUUAAUACCAUUAGGUUGCCAACCAACUACCAUCUACUGCCGGAAAGUUACAAGUACUUGUAGUGGGGGCUUGUGUGCAAAGUGCGCUUGAGUGGGGCGUGUGACGUGGCCAUGUUAAAAAAACUGCAAAGGCCUCCUGCACACCCGGUGCGUGUGCGUAGACGUAUUCUAAUGUACAGAUACUUAUGAGAGACGGCACAGCGCUUGCGUGACGUGUGCGUGCACGGCUCAAAACAUUUUUGCGCACGCGCACGUGCACGUCUACGCUCACACAGUGGGUGUACUCUGGCCUUAAAUAAACGUAUGCUGUAUCAGUGUACCUACGCUACUCAAAUUCCUUAGACGCUCGACGCUACGCUGCCCCGCUGAACGCUCGUGACUGAGUCCGAACACUAAUUGAACGAAGCUAUUUGCGGGCUCUGAGAGGCUCCACGAAAUUCGCGUUAUGUCAGCAGGGAUGAUUUUAUAUUUCGAAAUACGGAUAUCGCGGCAGGGCCGUCAGUCUAACUGGAGUGCAAGCAGUGGCAUAGUUAACUUAUAACAAUCACUCACUUUAACCUUAUUGGUUUUUGUUAACCCUGCUUGCGUUUGGUAUGGCUGGACCUGCCUGGGUUUGAAUCCCGGUAACUCCGCUAAUAGCAUUUAUUAGUGCGAUGGAUUUGUUCCAUGAUGAUGGAUUUUGUCUAUAAAUAUCUGUCUACGUAGUCUUGCCAUAAAUUCUGUCCUACAUGAAAUGACAAUUAUUUUGAAAAUAAAAGAAGGCUUAUAAAUAAAUCAGGGUUAUUUUUAUUAAUUAUAUUAUACAGAUUCUAUAAAAUAAAAUGUAUUCAAAAUGUCCACCUUUUACUUUAACAUACUUCUUUAAACGGUCCGGCCACUCGUCUAUGACGGCACGGACGGUAGGUAUCGAUGGGUAUUGAUUGAAGCCUUCAGAAGCUUCUUGGGAACUGUGAGCAUAUAUUUUAUCAUUUUGGCGGUUGAAUUUCUGCUCCACGGUAAAGAUUUUUUCAUAUAUGAACAGAAUAUUACGAUAUCCGCCCUUUGCAUGCCGCUGCCACAGCACUAACUCUCGUCGCUCUUAUUUUCCUUAGGGCCGCUGUUAAUCGCUGUCCUGUGCUCCAACGAUAAGCCCCAAGAUUAAGGUCUUGUUUUAUGAUACGCGACAUAGUUCUAGGGGGAAUUUUUAUUUCCCUAGCCAUGAUUUUCUGCUUGCGUAGCGGAUUUCUCCGAAUUCGCUCAGCUACCGCUUCAAUCACUGCCGGUGUCCUUGUUUGACGUGGUCGACCGCUCCUGGGUCGGUCGUCGACUAAACCCAUGUCGUUGUAUCGCUUGAUAGUACAAUAGUUAAAUUUCUUCGUUAUAUUCAAAGAUUUCAGCAGUUUGGAAAUGUCAUUCACUUGGUUGUUGCACUUGUAUAACGCUAUCACUGCGACACGAUUCUCUUUGAUGCCCCACUCCAUCUUCAGGGAAACGAUACCUGGAUCUAAAUGUACUUUUUCUGGCAGCCAAAUGUCUAUUUAAGCAUAACCAAGAAACAGAAGUAGGUACAUCAAACAUUCCAUUAUUGAAUUUAAAAUGAUGAAAAAGUAGGGACAAUUUAUGGCAAGACUAUAUACGUAAUUAUCACCAGUAAAUGUUAUUUUAGGCGAAGUGCAAUAAUAAUUUAUUUGUGUCAGGAGUUCAGGAGUCGGGACUAGCAUUCUAGCGAUGCUAUUAGGGUCACUAGCAUCGUCUAAAUAAGUUGUAACUGAUAUUUAUAACUGUUAUCAUUAAAUCAUUAUUUAUAA